AUGGGCCUUGGAGACACAAUUAAAGAAAAUAAUGAUGCAUCAUUGCAAGAUAAAACAAAGGCCAUGAUUUUUCUCCGGCGCCAUAUUAGUGAGGAACUGAAAAAUGAAUACCUCACUAAAAGAGAUCCACUUUGUUUGUGGAACAAUUUGAAAGACAGAUAUGAUCAUAAAAAAACAGUUAUCCUCCCAAAGGCCAGGGCUGAUUGGCUGCAACUGAGGUUGCAAGAUUUUAAAACUGUGGCUGAAUAUAACUCUGCCCUAUUCAAAAUCAGCUCUACAUUGAAAUUAUAUGAGCAAAAAAAUGAACUGUUAUUGAGAAACCACCAGUCCCGUCCAACUGGAUCGACACCGAUCCCAGAAACAUAUGUUGCCUCAUCCCGUGGUCGUGGACGCGGACGUGGACGUGGUCGUGGUGGUAGAAAUGAAUAUGGUCGUGGCAAAAAUAACUACCACAAUAAUGAAUAUGGUCGUGGUAGAAAUCAUUCUUAUUACCGUGAAGGAUAUUAA